UCUCAGAGAAAAUUUCAUUCAGACGAUCGCGGUUGUGAUGGACGAGUAGCACGCUUGCAACGUUCUGCUUGGUUAUCUACUCGGUAGCUCUCUUCUCUUUUAGCAAUGAGGUUUGAGGAAAUCCUAGAAGAAGUUGGUGGAUUCAAAAAAUUCCAGUUCCUUCUUCUCUCUAUCCUGUGGCUUCCAAGGAUAAUUCUUGCACUGCACUUUCUACUCCACAAUUUUAUCUCAGGUGUGCCACCCCAUCAUUGUGCCCUGCCCUAUUUGGAGGAGCGCUAUGCAGUUGGCACAGCAGAGAACAAUCCUGCAGUCUCGCAGAUUUUGGCUUUCGGGAUCCCGCUUAAUAAAGAUGGCUCUUACAGCUCCUGCAAGAUGUACCCUCUUCCCAUGGGCUUUGACCCUGACGGUGACAUCAACCACCUGUAUGGCAACCGAUCAAAUGUGUCAGUACCAUGCCAGCAUGGAUGGGUGUAUGACCGUUCACAGUUCACUUCAACAACAGCCAGUGAAUGGGAUCUAGUAUGUGACAACAAGAAGCUAAACCAAGCACUUGCCACAUUCUUCUUCCUUGGAGUAACCAUAGGAGCUGUCAUUUUUGGCCAGUUGGCAGAUAGGUUUGGACGUAGGCCUAUACUUCAGGUGUCCUUUGUGGCCAGUACGAUCUUUGGAACAUUAGAGGCUUUUUCUACAUCUUACGUGAUGUUUGCCAUUACAAGAACCUUGUGUGGUGUUGCCCUGACAGGGAUGAUUUUUACAACGGUGUCCCUUUGUGUUGAAUGGACAGAUGUUAAACAUCGUACUUUUACGGGUACCAUCAUCAGCCUGGGGUGGAGUGUUGGGAAUAUGUUACUGGCUCUUCUGGCAUAUCUGAUCAGAGACUGGAGGCACCUCAUCCUGGUUGUGACUUCACCCUGCAUUCUUGGCAUUAUUGCCUGGUGGUGGAUUCCUGAGUCUGCAAGAUGGUUGCUGGCCAAUGGCAAAGUAGAGGAGGCACAGAAGUAUCUGAUCAAGUGUGCUAAGAUGAAUGGAAAGACCCGUUACAUGGAGAAACUUGACACUUUUACUCUAAAGAAAGUAACCAUUCCUGGGGUCACCAAGAGGCAUUCCUACCUUGAUCUAGUAAAGACACCAAAACUAAGGAAGAUUGUCAUAUGCUCUGGGAUUUUCUGGUUUGCUGUUUCUUUUAUCUACUAUGGGAUCAGCUUUAACAUCACAGGGUUUGGUCUGAACAUUUAUCUAACACAAUUUGUCUAUGGAGUCAUUGAAAUACCAGCUAAAGUUGGCACCUACUUUGUUCUGGAUCGAAUUGGACGAAGAAAUGGACAGGCGUGGUCUCUCAUUAUAGCGGGAUCUCUGAUUGGACUAAACAGCAUGAUUCCGACUUACUAUUCUGCUGCGCGUACAGGAAUUGCAAUUAUUGGAAAGGGAUUUUCUGAAGCAGCCUUUACCAUUGCUUACCUGUACACCUCAGAGCUCUACCCUACUGUACUACGUGCGGGCCUGGGCUACACCUCUUUUAUAGCCCGUUUAGGAAGUUCUCUGGCACCUUUGGUCAUGUUAUUGGAGGAUAUGUGGCAGUAUGCACCCUCUGUAGUGUUCGCUAGUACUGCUGUUCUCAGUGGGUGUGUGGUCUUCUUUCUGCCUGAGACCACAAAUGUAAAUCUUCCAGAGUAUGUUCUGGAUGUGGAAGAGGGAAGGCACACACUGGUGUCCACAUCAGUGAUGGAGGUCGAGCUCAAUGCGAUGAAUGAAGCACCUGCCAAUUCAGAAGAAGAGAAUUCAUAAAAUCUUUGAUCAUGUCAGAAAUCCAGUGACACCUUAUGGUUCAAUCACAGAUGAACAGAAUUCAUUACAUCCAAUGCAAGACUGUUAAGUCAAUAACAGAAAAACUAUGGAUUGGACUAAUUUCAGCAUCAUUAGAUGAAGCACAAAAAUACCUCAUCUGCUUCUUUCAUUGGUCACUAAUGAUGAAAGGUUAAAGAACUAUCUAUUUUAGCAAUUUUAUUGGUUUUUUGGUCAUGUUUAUUAUA